UUUUACUCUGUACAAAAACCCUUCCCUUUAUAAUUUCACCUUGCUCUGUCAAAGCUGUAUGUACUUUUAGUAGCAGGAGUUUCAAAAUUUCAACCUUAGUUUUUGUUUCUUUCUGUUACUUCAUUAAUUGGUUCAAAGACUUUAAGUAGAGGCUACAGAGAACCAACGGCCAGCAGAGAGAAAGGGGGUUUUGAUUUUCUGAAAGCUGUUUCUAAUGGGGACUAAUGAGAGUUUUGAUCAUGAAGACUCACUUUCCAGUUAUUCACAGUUACUUGAUUCUACUUCUCAAGAUAUGGAACAGAGUUUUAUGUAUUCAACUUUUCAUUCAUCACCAAAACCACCAACUAUGCUCUGUUUUGGUAAUGUUAACAACAACAACACUAGCAUCAGCAGUAUCAACAACAACAAGAAGAAGCUAGAUGAAGAGUUGGGGUUCGUUGACAGAGGAAAUAAAGUCAUUCAGAAAUCAGGAAUUACUGGUGGUAGUGAUUCUUCUUCUGCUUCUUCAAGUAAUAACAGUAGCAGUAGCAAUAGUAUCACUAAAUCAAAGAGGGGUCAAAUUGGAAACCUUAGACAGACAGAGCAAGAAGAUAGAGAGAGUGGGUAUGGUUCUAACAAUCCAAUCCCAAUACCAGGUUUAGGGAGUAGUACUAAUUCUCAAACAACCAAAAGAACAACAACAACUACUACUAAUAAGAAGCCGAAAAAAGAAACCCCACCUUCAGUUGGAGCACCUGUCAAGGUGAGGAAAGAAAAAAUCGGAGAAAGAAUUGCAGCAUUGCAACAACUAGUCUCACCAUUUGGCAAGACAGACACUGCUUCUGUUCUUCAUGAAGCAAUGGGGUACAUCAGAUUUCUUCAUGACCAAGUUCAGGUUCUGAGUUCUCCUUAUUUACAAAAGCUGCCCUUGUCUGGUCCAUUCGCAGAAGGAGGAAGAAGAGCAGCAGCAGGUAUUGGAACUGGUCUGAAGACUAGAGGGUUGUGUUUGGUACCAAUUGAGUAUACACUUCAUGUUGCAAAUUGUAAUGGAGCUGAUUUAUGGUCACCAGCAGCUGCCAUGGGAAACAUCAAGAAUGCCAAUUAACCGAUGAUCAGUAGAAUAAUAAGUUGAUAGUUUUCAUUUUGUCUUGGAAAUAUGUUUUUGAAUUUUGCAAAGUAGACGCUAGCUGUAGCUUACUACUUUUACAUGCAUAUAAAUAUGUGUAUAUGGCAUGUUCGAUGGUGCUUCAUCAGUUUUGCCCGGUAGUACUAAUGAAGAAGCAGUUUUAUACUAAGAACAGAAUGUUUGUGGCUGAUGCUUUGAUGCAUUUGACACACUACAACUUUUAAUUACAUGUUCCUAAACGUUUGUUGUUC